AUGUCACUUGCUCGUCAAUUCUUGGAGUCGAUGUCUUCACCUAAUCUCACAUACAAUCUGAGAAGGCACCAUCGGCCAACGCCUCCAAAGGUAUCGGAGAAAGCGGUUGGAAAGCAGCCAGCAACCCUGGUCACAUCCAACGAACAACCGGACUCGGUAGCUGGCCCUAGCAGCCCAAGGGCGUCACAAGAGCCGACACCCCAAGUCAAACAUCCUCAGUCAACCCCAGGGAAACACACGGAAUCCUCGUCCAGUGAGAUGAAGACGCCACCAAAGGACGAGCCAAUUCCUCGCAGCGAUGAGGACAUUUACAAACCCCGAUACGCUUCCAUGAGCCAGAGGCCCAAACUCAAACCCAGGUCACGGAAACGGCCUGGCUCGCCAUCAUCCAGCCCACCAAUGUCUUCUCCCUUGAGUCAGAUCCCAGAUGAUGUAAUUCGUGGAAUAGAGAGACUGAGGAUUGCAGACACAUCUGAGGUGACUCUUCAGUCGCCCAAACUUAUCCCGGUAGCGUAG